CACUAAAUCGUCCAUGAAGGCUCUUCAAUCUGGAGCUGAUAUAUCUAUGAUUGGUCAAUUUGAUGUGGAUUUUUAUUCUUUUUAUUUGGUUGCUGACCGAGUUCAAGUAAUCACAAAGCACAAUGAUGAUGAACAACAUAUUUGGGAGUCUGCUGCUACUGGUUCAUUCACCAUUGCACUCGAUACAAUCAACCCACCUCUUGAACAUGGUUCUGAAAUCAGUAUCUUCCUUAAGGAAUAUCAACUCGAAUAUCUUGAGGGGGAAAAAGAAAUAAAAGAAUUGUUAAAAAAACAUUCUGAAUUUAUCGAGAAAGCAGAAGUGAAAUUGGGAGACGAAUAUGAAGAAACAAAGACAAGGAUUGAAGAAGUUAAAACGAUAGAAAAAAAGAGAGAAAUCUGUGAAGAAUUGACAUCAUUAAAAUAUUACGUUGCAAGAAUGCUUGAAAAGCAAAAUGCAAUAUAUUAUAUUGCUGGUGAAAUCACAAAGCUGUAG